GGUCACGUGACCGCAAGGUUAGAGCAGGCGAGCCCGCUUCCGCUCGUCACCGGAAACGACGUGGGGGGAUACGACAGGACCGCCAAUUAAAUCCAAUUCAACUCUCGCAUCUCCUACAUUAUCAUUCCGAAUUAAACUUCAUAAUGCGCGCAUCGGUCCACGAAGUUGUAAUCAAAAUCUCAUUUUCUCAAGACGGGAGAAUAAAGUAGGACGACAGAGUGUUUUUCUUCACGGCGGAAUAAGGCGAUUGAAAGCAGGGAGGACGGAGGGCAGCCGUAAUGAAGAGCAAUUUGCCGGCCGAUGGUGCGGAAUCACCGUUUGUGAGACUCUGCAAGUGAGCUGAAAAAGCAUCUACGAAAUAUGUUUUUCCUUCACCUUGCAGUAUGCAUUGUUCUGCAUAUCAGCAUCGUCGCCUCGAAAACAGAAGAAAUUGAUUAUGGAACGUCGAUGACGAUCAAUCAGAUGGAUAAUACAUUUGAAUUGCUAAAUCAAGCGAUCGCCGAAAUGGAAUGGCAAACCCUCGCAAACCAUUCCAUCGUAUCACCAGAAAUGUAUAUGGACUUUGUUCGUCUGAAGCUGAAGUUAAAGAAUGGAUGGUGCGUAAAAUUGAUGGACCUUCAAAAUGAUAGUAUAUUAGUGGAUAAAAAAUUAGUGCACUUUUUGUGUAAAGGUCCAAGAUAUACUGAUGAAAUAGCAAGGAAGAUCGCUGUUAUCAACGAAUUGUUGUCAUCCGCAUAUAACUCAGCACGAAUUUGCAAAGUUAAAGAUCACAUACAGAGAUGUUACAACGAUGAAUUAGACAUGGGAAAGUUAAUGGCAACUUCAAGAAACGAGAGAGAAUUACGUUGGGCUUGGAUCGCUUGGAGAAAUCGCAUGAGUCGCACAAGGGAAUUUUUCAGACAAUUAGUGGAUCUUCAAAAUACUGCUGCGCGAAACAAUGGCUACACUGAUAUUGGAGAAUACUGGAGAGAAGAGUAUGAAAUUCCAGACUUGGAAAGAGUUUUUGACGAAAUGUAUCAACAAAUCGAACCACUCUAUCGUCUUCUUCACGCUGUCGUGAGAUUUCGUCUCGCAAAAUUAUAUCCCAACGUUGUUGAUAUGUUUCUGCCAAUUCCCGCUCAUUUAUUAGGUAACUUAUGGUCACAAAGUUGGGAAGCAUUAAUCGACGUGGUGUUUACGAAUUACACCACAGUUAUGCCGAAUCUAAUGGACUCGAUGAUACAGGAAAAUUACAAUGUGAUAAAGAUGAUUAAAACUGCAGAAAAUUUUUAUACAUCUCUCGGAUUUCCACCGUUACCGUCAAAAUUUUGGAAAAACUCUAUCUUUGAACAAAAAAUUGAUAGCGGCUCUAGCUGCCAUGCAACUGCAAUCAACAUGUACAAAAAGGAUGACUUUAGAAUUUUUGCGUGUUUAGAAACACAGCCGCAAGAUUUCAAUGUCAUUUAUCACGAAAUUGGUCACGUACAGUAUUAUAUGGCGUACCAGAAUCAGCCAUCAUUUUUUAAGAACGGAAUCAACAGUGCUUUUCACGAGUCAAUAGGAGAUGCCGUUUCGUACGGUGCAGAUUCUUCUCGAUAUGUGCGUCGUCUAGGAUUAAUACAUAACGUGUUCACGACGUCCGGUAAUUCGUCCAAGGCAGAUUUGCGUGAUUUACACGAUUCACUGGAAAUAGCUCUUCUACUUAGGCAGGCUUUACUCAAGAUACCGCAAUUGUCCAACGGACUGAUAAUAGAGAAAUGGAGAUGGUCCGUUUUCUCCGGCAAGACAAAACCAUCAACAUACAAUGCAUUCUGGUGGGACUUGCAUCGUCGAUACAUGGGUAUUGUACCGCCAUCACCGAGAUCCGAGAAGUUCUUUGAUCCUGCGGCAAAAUUUCAUGUCGCAUAUAAUAUACCUUAUGCUGGGUAUUUCCUGGGAAACUUUUUGCAAGUUCAGUUAUUUCAAGGAAUGUGCGAGGCAUCCCUGAAUCUGCCGCUCAGGUCCACGGCGUUUAACUUACCUCUUCACAAAUGCGACAUUUACGAUUCGAAGGAUGCGGGAAAGUUAUUAAGGUCGAUCAUGAAACUUGGAAGCAAAGCAAAUUGGAGAAGAGCAUUACACGCAAUAACGGGGUAUUCCGGGUAUCGCGUGGAACCGCUCUUGACUUACUAUGAGCCGGUCCGUGAAUGGCUACAACGUGAAAUCGAACGUCACGGAAUUCCAGUUGGCUGGGAUUGAAAUGACUUUAAGUUAUCUCGAAUUUCUCCACAUGGAAACUCGCGUCUAUGUCUCGAUUUUCUUUUACCGCGUUCAAGAAUGUACCAAUUAUUUCGUUAUAUCCAGUGCGAAGAAGCGAUCGUUUACUUGACUGUAAUUGCUCGCGUGUCGUCAUAGCUCCGCUGUAUUCAAUUCUUGUUUCGAGCCCAGGCCUUCGUUCGUGAAAAUGUCAAAUUCUUCUCGACUCGUGAGAGCGUUACGGACGUCGUUCAGCGUAAUGGCUUUGGGACACCUGUAAAUCAAUGAGAUACAAAUAGAUUGUUGUUUGACAUACGAAAUAUAGUAAAAGUGCGCAAAAGUUAA